CGACCGCAGCUGCGCCCUCCCUUUGCCCCCCGGAACUAUGGGCUUCCCCUUCUUCGGGGAGACACUGCAGAUGGUGCUGCAGCGAAGGAAGUUCCUGCAGAUGAAGCGCAGGAAAUACGGCUUCAUCUACAAGACGCAUCUGUUCGGACGGCCCACGGUGCGGGUGAUGGGCGCCGACAACGUGCGGCGCAUCCUGCUCGGGGAGCACCGGUUGGUGUCGGUGCACUGGCCCGCGUCGGUGCGCACCAUCCUGGGCUCCGGCUGCCUCUCCAACCUGCACGACUCCUCGCACAAGCAGCGCAAGAAGGUGAUUAUGCGGGCCUUCAGCCGCGAGGCGCUCCAGUGCUACGUGCCGGUGAUCGCCGAGGAAGUGGGCACUUGCCUGGAACAGUGGCUGAGCGGCGACGAGCGCGGCCUCCUGGUCUACCCCCAGGUGAAGCGCCUCAUGUUCCGCAUCGCCAUGCGCAUUCUGCUGGGCUGUGAGCCCCGGCUGGCUAGCGGCGGCGACGCAGAGCAGCAGCUGGUAGAGGCCUUCGAGGAAAUGACCCGCAAUCUCUUCUCGCUGCCCAUCGACGUGCCCUUCAGCGGGCUGUACCGGGGCAUGAAGGCGCGGAACCUCAUCCACGCACGCAUAGAGGAGAACGUUCGCGCCAAGAUCUGCGGGCUGCGGACGGCCGGCGCGGGCGGCGGCUGCAAAGAUGCGCUGCAGCUGUUGAUUGAGCACUCGUGGGAGAGGGGGGAGAGGCUGGACAUGCAGGCACUAAAGCAAUCUUCAACUGAACUCCUCUUUGGGGGACAUGAAACCACAGCUAGUGCAGCCACAUCUCUGAUUACUUACCUUGGCCUCUACCCCCAUGUUCUCCAGAAAGUUCGAGAGGAGCUCAAGAGUAAGGGUUUACUUUGCAAGAGCAAUCAAGACAACAAGUUGGACAUGGAAAUUUUGGAACAGCUUAAAUACAUCGGGUGUGUUAUUAAAGAGACCCUUCGACUGAAUCCCCCAGUUCCAGGAGGGUUUCGGGUUGCUCUUAAGACUUUUGAAUUAAAUGGUUACCAGAUUCCCAAGGGCUGGAAUGUUAUCUACAGUAUCUGUGAUACUCACGACGUGGCAGACAUCUUCACCAACAAGGAUGAAUUUAAUCCUGACAGAUUCCUGCUGCCUCACCCGGAGGAUGCGUCCAGGUUCAGCUUCAUUCCAUUUGGAGGAGGGCUGAGGAGCUGUGUAGGGAAGGAGUUUGCAAAAAUUCUGCUCAAAAUAUUUACAGUGGAGCUGGCCAGGCAUUGUGAAUGGCAGCUUCUAAAUGGACCUCCUACAAUGAAAACCAGUCCCACCGUGUACCCCGUGGAUGGUCUCCCUGCGAAGUUCACCCGUUUCCAGGGGGAGAUCUGA